AUGGACGGCCAGGAAGAAGACGGAUUGGGAUUCGAUAUGAGACAGAUGAUGAUGAACCAGCAGCAGCAACAACAACAACAGCAACAUCCGCAGCAGCACCAGCAGCAGCUUUAUGCAGGAUACUCACAAGAUGCGUCCAACUCGGGUGGCCUCGGGGGGUCCCUGUAUGCGGACGACUCGAACCUGGCGGCGGGAGAGGAUGCCAAUGACGCGAAGCGGCGGAGAAUUGCACGAGCUUGCGACAUGUGUCGCAAGAAAAAAAUCAAAUGUGAUGGCAAGAUGCCCAAAUGUUCCCACUGCAUCAAUUACAAAACGGAAUGUAUCUUCACUCAAGUCGAGAAGAAACGAAAUCCCCCCAAAGGCGCAAAAUACAUCGAGGGCCUAGAGAAUCGCCUUGGCCGGAUGGAAUCGCUCCUCCGACUUUCCGGCCUCCUCUCGGAAGACGACAAUGGAAAGACAGAUCUGGGUACACUGGAAAAGCGACUGGCCGAUCGGACCAACGCCCUCAACGCCGCCAAAGGUGCACCUCGAACGAGUGCCACAAGUGCAACCCCGCAACCGCAGACUACUUCUCACUGUACCACACCCCGCAUGGAUUCACAUUCCAGCCCCCGCACCGCCGAAACAUCCCCGGAUUCACAAAAAGGCUCCGAAACCGAGGUGGAGGCAUUGUCGGAUAUGAUGUGCUCGCUAGUGACCAACAACUGCGGCGAAACCCGGUACAUAGGCUCGUCUUCGGGAUUCUCUAUCUUCUCCCCCAAAGGCAUACAAUGGGUCAAUGAGAAAACGGGGGAUACAUCAUUUCAAGAAAUGAUUGCCUCGGCAUAUGUGGAUGACAACAAGUGGAUGUAUUGGAAGCCGGAGAUCUUUAGCGACAUUUUCGCACGACGGGUGUUCAAACCACUACCCCCGAAAGAGGAGGCGCUAUCGCUGUUCAAGGACUUUUUCGAGAAUUUCAAUUGCAUGUUCCCUCUUUUCCACGAGGCAACCUUCAUGCACCUGGUGGACCGGCAGUACUCGCGCGAUCCAUAUGAGGGUUCGGGUUGGUGGGCGAGCAUCAACGUCGUGUUGGCCAUCUCUCACCGUCUGCGCGUGAUGAGCAACCUCGUGCCCCACGAGGAAGAUCAAAAGGCGUGGCUUUACUUGAAAAAUGCCAUGGGGGUCUUGACGGAAUUGACCAUGCGAAAUACCGACCUUCUUAGUGUUCAAGCUCUAUUAGGAAUGAGUCUAUUCCUACAAGGCACGCCCAAUCCUCAGCCAGCGUUUUUCUUGGUGGCCGCCGCUAUUCGCCUCUCCCAUAGCAUUGGCCUACACAAGCGGGGAUCUAGCUUCGGACUGAAUCAGGUCGAAGUCGAGCAGCGCAAACGAGUCUUUUGGAUUGCUUACUGCCUCGAUAAAGACAUUUGUUUGCGUUCCGGACGGCCGCCGGUGCAGGACGACGACGAUAUGAAUGUUGACCUCCCGAGCGAAGAUCCUCCUGAUAACGUUGGGCAUGUGCCGCUUGCCGACGGUAAAGGGAAAUUCAAUCUGUUUAGGUCUUUGUGCGAAUUUGCCACAAUCGAAAGUCGGGUCUACAAAAAGCUCUACUCAGCCAAAGCUUCUAAACAGUCUGAUGGCGAAUUGCUCAAUACGAUUGGUGAGUUGGACAAAGAGCUAGAAGACUGGAAGGACAGCAUUCCUAUCGAAUAUCGACCUGAGCAUGAGAUUCAAGCAACGCAUGGACCUCUUUUGAUCCAUGUCGUUGUUCUCCACUUUGCUUACUAUAAUUGUCUGACAACCAUUCACCGCAUGUCUGUACAUCACGGCUAUUGGACGAGUCGACUUUCCAACUAUGCGAUUCAAGGUCUAAAUGCUCGGCCUUUGAAUCCGAGGGUCUUUAUGUCUGCCGCCUUGUGCGUGACUGCUGCUCGAGCGUCAAUCAAUCUGAUCAAGUAUAUCCCACAGGGAGAUUUUGCAUGUGUUUGGUUGAUUCUCUACUAUCCCGUGUCCGCUCUGGUGACCCUGUUCGCCAACAUUCUCCAAAAUCCAAAUGACGCGCGUGCUCGGUCUGACGUGAAAUUGAUGAAUGUCGUGGUCAAUUUUUUGUCCACACUUGUGUCGGAUGAGUCCAAUGGCAGCAUCAAGCGCAUGCUGGCACUGUGCGGCGAAUUUGAAAGGAUCGCCAAAGUCGUUCUGGACAAGGCUGAAAAGGAAUCACACGCACGCAAGAAGCGAAAAGCUACCACGCCACAUGCAAAUGGAUCCCCAGACGCAAAUGGAACAGCGGCGCGGCAAUCACAGCCAGCGGGCCGAGCCUCCGCGCCACCGUAUCCGUCCUUUUCAUCCUCUAUGUUCUCAGAACAGGCUCCUCCUUUCGCAGACAGAGGAUUUACAAACGAGGCGGCGGUGCCACCCACUUCAGGCACCUCUACUGAUUAUAUUUCCAGCGUUCCGACCAUGCCGGGCUUAUCACAAGAGUUCCCAGAUAUGCUGAGCCCAGGGCAGAUGGGUGGAAUGCCGUUCCCCGAUCAGUCAUUCCGGCCCAUGAGUCCCAACGCGGGAUCUUUCCAGCAGCCAUUUGUUCCACAAGAUCUUUGGCAAAUGCCAAUGACAAUAGAGUGGGAUUGGGCGGACAUGUCGAUGAAUUUCCCAAUGUUUGAAGGAUCUGGAGCCACUGGCAUGCCUCCCUCGUAA